UGCCGAGGGGGAGGUGCCGCCGCCGCCGCCGCUGCCGCGGGGCUGCCAGCGCUGCCGGGAGCGGAGCCGUCGGAGCGGAAGCGCCGCCGCCGCUGCUGUCGGGGCGCCCGAAGCGGGAGCCAUGUCGAAGCGGCUGCGGAGCAGCGAGGUGUGCGCCGACUGCAGCGGCCCCGAUCCUUCGUGGGCAUCAGUAAACAGGGGGAUUUUAAUAUGUGAUGAGUGCUGCAGUGUGCACCGUAGCCUGGGACGGCACAUCUCGCAAGUGAGGCAUCUGAAGCACACGCCAUGGCCCCCCACAUUGCUCCAGAUGGUUGAAACUCUGUAUAAUAAUGGUGCUAAUUCUAUCUGGGAACAUUCUUUGCUGGACCCUGCCUCCAUAAUGAGUGGGAGGCGUAAAGCUAAUCCACAGGAUAAAGUACAUCCCAAUAAAGCAGAAUUUAUCAGAGCCAAGUACCAGAUGCUAGCAUUUGUUCAUCGCUUACCUUGCCGUGAUGAUGAUAGUGUUACUGCCAAAGACCUUAGUAAGCAACUCCAUUCAAGUGUGAGGACAGGAAAUCUGGAAACGUGUUUAAGGCUACUGUCUUUAGGAGCCCAGGCCAACUUUUUUCACCCUGAGAAAGGAAACACCCCUCUCCACGUUGCUGCCAAAGCCGGGCAGAUUUUACAGGCUGAGCUGUUGGCAGUGUAUGGGGCCGAUCCAGGCACACAGGACUCAAGUGGGAAAACCCCCAUUGAUUAUGCAAGACAAGGAGGGCACCGAGAGCUAGCAGAGCGUCUGGUCGAGGUGCAGUAUGAGCUCACGGACAGACUCGCCUUCUACUUGUGUGGCAGGAGGCCAGAUCACCAAAACGGACAGCACUUUAUUAUACCUCAGAUGGCAGACAGCAGCCUGGAUUUGUCUGAAUUAGCAAAAGCUGCUAAGAAGAAACUCCAAUCUCUAAGUAACCACUUGUUUGAAGAGCUCGCCAUGGAUGUGUAUGACGAAGUUGACAGACGAGAAACGGAUGCAGUGUGGCUUGCAACUCAGAACCAUAGCACUUUGGUAACCGAAACAACAGCUGUCCCCUUCCUUCCAGUGAAUCCAGAAUAUUCUUCAACAAGAAACCAGGGCAGACAGAAAUUAGCCCGAUUUAAUGCUCAUGAGUUUGCUACACUGGUCAUAGACAUUCUGAGCGAUGCCAAGAGGAGACAGCAGGGAAACCAGAGCACCGGAUCAAAAGACAAUGUAGAACUCAUCCUGAAAGCCCUCGGCAGCCAGCCCAGCAUGGAAAGUCAAGACAACGACCAGCCGGACUACGACAGCGUCGCGUCCGAUGAAGAUCCAGAUUUGGACACGACAGCGAGUAAAGCAAGCAGGCAGAAGAGCCUGGAUUCCGACUUGUCAGACGGACCAGUCCCCAUCCAAGAAUUCAUGGAUGUCAAAAAUGCCCUGGUGGCUUCUGAGGCAAAGAUCCAGCAGCUCAUGAAGGUGAAUAACAGCCUGAGUGACGAGCUGAGAGUGAUGCAGAAAAAGCUUCUGACCCUCCAGAGCGAGAAUUCGACCCUCAGGAGGCAGGCCACCACCCAUCUCUGUCAGGUGCCACCUGGCUCUGAGUACCCAGACCCCUCCAGCCCUUCCUCCUUAAAGCGGCGUCCAUCUGCCCGGGGCAGUAGACCCAUGUCCAUGUACGAGACCGGAUCUGGUCAGAAACCCUACCUCCCCCUGGGGGAAGUCGCCUACCCAGAAGAGAGCGUGGCCAGACUGCAGCCUUUCCCCCCACACAUCGGGAGGAGUGCGUUUGUGACCUCCUCUUCAUCUCUGCCUUCCUUCCCCUCCACACUUUCCUGGUCAAGGGAUGAAAGCGCCCGAAGGGCUUCCAAAUUAGAGAAGCAGAACAGUGUGCCUGAGAGUGACUAUGACAACGCCACCCCUGACUCUGAGCUGGACGACACAGGGUCAGGCAGGAAGGCCAGACAGCGGAGCGUCAUCUGGCCCGGGGAGGCAGCCAUCCCCGAGGUGGGAGACCCCCACGGCGUGUCGAGUUCUACCCUUCCAAGCACAGAAGACGUCAUUCGGAAAACCGAACAGAUCACCAAGAAUAUCCAGGAGCUCUUGAGAGCAGCCCAAGAAAACAAGCAUGACAGUUAUAUUCCGUGUUCGGAGAGGAUACACGUGGCCGUGACUGAAAUGGCAGCCCUCUUCCCCAAAAAACCCAAAUCUGAUAUGGUGAGGACUUCCCUGCGCCUCCUGACAUCCAGUGCCUACAGACUCCAGUCAGAGUGCAAGAAAACCCUGCCAGGGGAGUCCAGUUGUCCUGCAGACAUCCAGCUGGUCACCCAGCAGGUCAUUCAGUGUGCAUACGACAUCGCCAAGGCAGCUAAGCAACUGGUGACCAUCACCACCAAAGAGAACAACCACUAAGGCGCCUCGUUGGUUUUUUAGUCUUUGUAAGAUCUGAUUUCAGAUUUAGACAUGGAACUUUACAGAUUUUUACAAAAAAAAAAAUUAGUGGCAGAGUAAACUUUUUAAAAUAAAACUCAGUAUUAUUUUUGCAUGUUUUCUAACAAAUUUUCCACUAUUAAUUUAACCCACUUGCCUUAUUUUGUGCCUGUUUUGCCAGUUUCGUUACUGAUCCUAGUGUGUUGUAAACUGCUCUUGGGUUGACUUGUCCAUUACAUGCAAAAAAGUCUUGAUGUUUGUCAUCUCCAGCAACUUCACGUCGUCUCUGGUUAAAACUAUGAAAAGAGCUUUAGAAAAAAAUGUCCUCGAGACAAUUGGAUUCAAACUCUACAGUCUCUGUCCCAUAUAUAAGCAUUGUGCAAUUACCAAAAUUUCACCAGGUUCCUGCAAUGCCUGGGAAAUUUGGGGUGUCCAAGCCCAUGCCGGGAAAGGUCCUGGCCCCUUUCUGAUCCCCGGCCGUGGAAGGAAGCAUGGGGACCAGCAGGGUGGAGAUGAUGCACUGUAACUUAUCUACAGGCUGGUCCUCUCACAUCUCACCCUGGAACAGAGACCACGAUCUUUCUUUAUUGUUAGGUUAGGUUGGGCCAGGACCACCAGCUGCAGGCUUUGUGUCUGGGUAAGGCCUUUUAAAGCCUUAUGAUUAUAGAGCAGAGGUUUUUUAUGAGUACUGACUGCAGAGAUACACAUGUGUUGAGUAAGCCAUGGUUGUUUCUCUAGAGCCCCCUCAGAUGCUGCUGCUGACAUUGACUGAGGUCAAAAGUCAGAAACAGCCUUGGUCACCCCUGCCACAGAACUCAGUGUUCCUUCGUCCCCCAUCAGCCUACAGGCGUCGCUUCUUUGUCUUGUAAGAAUUCCCUGCAGGAUGAGUCUUCAUGCUCCCUGAGCUGGUUUUCACCACUUGGGAAAAACUCCCCGGGCACACAUACUCCUCACCUGCCAAAUGUCCCAGAGCUAUGACGGAUUGUCAACCAUGGCUUCUGGGCCCUGGGUCCAGAUGGUCCAUUCACCCUGACUGUAAAGGUCUAUGUGAAGUGUGGCCUCUGGGGACUGGGUCGUUUGAGAGUGUUCCUGUCCGUGGUUGCCGUGGCUGCAUACCCUCGUAUGCCGCUGGACCGUGCCCUUAAAAUAGGUCCAUCAUUGCUGUUUGUUACGAGGGCGUUGGCUGGCUCUCUCUUUUUUAAAAUUACAUCUGCAAUAACCUACUUGUCACUUUUGCAGAUGAACCCAUUGGAAUAAUCACAGUAAAAUGUGAUCCACUACUUCAGAUUUUGUCGAAGCUUGUCCGUGGUUUGAUGCAGAAACAUUUGUAGCUUUGGCCGUACCUGUCAUGGAAUCACUCCAUGGUAGCAUUUCCAAUACAUUGCAGAUUGAGUUUUCACCCCAGAUGUGCUCUCUUGAAGAUAAAGGGUGUGCGUGUGCGUGUGCGUGCGUGUGUGUAUGCGUGUGUGUGUGCGUGUGCGCACGUGUGCGUGCGCGUGCGUGCGUGCGUGUGCGCGCGUGUGUGUGCGUGCGCGUGUGCGUGUGCGCAUGUGCACGCGCGCAUGUUGGGGGAAGGACUCGUUUCCUGUCAUUCUUAUCCCCUUGUUUGCAUUGCCACCAAGUGCCAUAACCUUGUCAGAUACUCAUGUGGGGCUGUUGCUGUCACUGCCUUAGGGGCAGCUGGGGGUGGAAGGGUCACUGUAUUUUUGUUCUAAAAAAACCAAACAACUGCCUAGUAACUCUGAUUGUACGUGGUGCCCUCUCGUCGUCCUUCUACCUUGUAAAUAUUUGUUCCUCCCAUUUGGUUUGGCCCCCCAACCUUAGCCAUGUGAAUCCUAUGGAAACGCAGAUGACAAUUCUGAAUUGGUGCCAUUAAUGAAUUGAUUAGAAGACAGAAUGUCUCAAGUAUUGGGAAAACUAAGCUAUUUUCAGCAUAUUGAUGAGCUCAUCUCAAGUGACCACUUUGUUCCUAAAUGGUAAACAGUGUCCCAAGAAAGAUGGAGGAAGCAGAAGCGUGUGUAGGCGAGACGUUGCGGUGUGAGCGCUUUCUCUGUGGCCGGGCAGUGCCAGAACCACACAGAGGAAUCCUUAAUUAGCACAGUCUGCAGGAAUGGAAGCGAUCUUCAGUGGUCCGUGUUGCGCCUGCCCCAUCCCAGAGGCUUUCUGGUCUGUUGGCCAAGGGCACCUCGCCCGGGGGGUUGUUUCUGGUCCCCUUUUGCACGUGUCAGGCUUGGAGGGCACCAAAGAGCCCUCGUUGUGAUGUCUGUUUUUCUUCUGAAAGCAUGUAUUGCUCCCUUUCUGAGAAGCCAAGAGGACAGAGGUGCACUUUAUGAACAGUGGCACUUUAGGAGCAGACGUUACAAACGCCUUUCCCCUCAAGGCCCCUCAGCCCAAGAUCCCAUCCUGCUUUUCGGGUGCAACUCGUUCCCGUUUGCCAAAAAGGGGAGAGCUGGGCCCUCCGAGGCGCAGCUCGGGAUCUGGGACACAGUCGCUGAUGUGACUUCGCUUGCGGGACCUCACAGGAGGCCCUUCUUUCUGCAGGUGCAUCAGUGAGCUUCCAGCAAGUUCAUCUCAUGUUUUUUUCCUUGUCCUGGUCGGAGUGAAAUCCUUUCCUUUCCAAAAAUGCUGCAUAGGAAAAACAAAAAUGCCUUUUUAUUGAAAAAUGUAUUUAUCGGCGUCACUCAUCGUUCUGUACUUAGGAUUUCGCUUUUGUUGUACAUUCUCUUACUGUAAUUACUGUACAACCUUUUAAGUGUUGUAAAAUUGUUUUGCAUCAUGUGCCUGCUAGUUAUGCAAUAAACAGGCUUUACAAAUGUC